AUGAGCCAUAACAAAAGCCGGCAUGAUUUUGUAUUAAGCUUUUCAUCCUCAUCACUAUUUCCCUCAUUUCUCUUCCUUCAAGCUUCAUCAGUUAGCACAUCAUAUUCCAUUGACCUUUGUGAUUCCUCACUUUCAUCAUCUUCAACAGCCAGCUCAACAGCUAAUGUCAGUGAUUCAUCGUCCUCAUGUAUUCCUUCCAUGCAAGUUGUAGUCACUCUUGAUGACACUUCACCCCCUCUUGUUGGAUUUCAACUUCCAAAAAAUAAGAUCAUUACAGACUCACAGGGACGACAAUGGUCCGUUGGAGAGAAUGUUUUACUAGAGAUUGAGAGAAGUCCCAUAACUGUGAAUUAUGAUUUAACUUUUGGAGGUUUUGCCUAUAAUGCAUAUGAACAAGUGUACGCUCCAUCUUGGAAUUGCGUAGCAAUGCCCAAUCAAAUGUGUUGCCCAUUCACAACAAGUGCUGGAAAUAACUUGUAUUUUUUGAGGGAAAUGAAACAAAAUGUGACAAGGUAUAAUUAUUAUUACGCAUCCAUGAAUAGUCCACAAUAUUCGAUCCAAGUAAGAGCUGUUCAAAGUUCAAAAACUGAAACACUAACUUUAACCAACACUGUGAAAAAACAAACAGGUUUGGGUAUUACUGCUUGGGUGGUUGCAGAUUUGAUUGACGUGACCAGGUACAUGUUUUUUUCAAAUGACUUCGUAGUGAUUCCAGAAAAUUAUGCAACAACACAAGAAGGGUUUUUAGCAGGACGGUAUUACUUUGGAGAUGCUAUCAAUAGAAUUGGAAUUUCACAAUCAACCUACAUGAGGAAUGUGAAGUGUACAGACAAACAAGGAUUAUUGACAUCUGUGAGUGGAUCGUCCCUGAUGGAUCAGUUUGAAAAGUUUCGAAAGGAUACUAUUUCGAAUGCUGUGGGUUGUACUUUUUCUCCAAGCUUGACCACAGUCAGCACCUUCAAACGCUCCUAUCAAUAUAUUUGUCAAAAAAUUGUUUCCACACAAAUAGUAUUACGUAUUCCAACGGACGGUUCAGGCGUGAAAAUUAUUCGACUCUUUGGAAAUCCUGUUAUCACAAAGAGUGGGGUGAAUGUCAAUGAUGACACUGCGAGCAUGGAAAUGUUUAUCGAUGUAUUUAACAAUGCAGAUACCUCAGGAAGCUUUGAUGUUAUCCCAACAUCAUGCUGUGUUGCAAACUUACCCUCUUCCAAUGAGCCAUUUUGGGAUUGUAGCUCUGUAACGUUUUCAAGAGCAGUAUCACAAACUGUUGAAUCGUACAAGGCACAUCGAUUUAUAUUUUCCAUGCUAUUGGAUCAAGUAGUUAAAAAGUAUGGCUAUUGUACCUUCUCCGUCAUGCAAUAUGGAAAAACAGAUGUGACGCAUUCCAUCAACUUUACCACUCAGAGUAUUUCAUCAAAUCCGAUCUAUAAUGAAAGUCCAGCUGUACAAGAUGAUUGCAUUCCACCCUAUGGAAAGAAAAUUUUUGGAGUGGGAAAUAAGGUACUUUGCAUUACUGAAUGUCCUUCACAGGAUUUAAUGUAUGAUUCUGUGAAAUUUUUAUGCAAACCUGUCGACUGCAAGAUCAAAUACAAUGCAACUCGAAACUUUUUUAAUCCAGAGACACAAUUAUGUGAAAUGGUCAAGACAUGUUUGGAAUGGAAAGAGGAUUAUAAUGCCAUUACAAACACGUGCCAGGUUAAAGAAUCGUUUAGAUCCAAUCAAACACAACCCACUGGUCAAGAUUUGGAUUUAAUGAACGAAGUGAACAUUGUAACGGGGCUGCAAUGUGGUCAGAAGGGAGAUUCCUCUCAGGACAAAACCAGAUGUAUGUGCAAGUUGGACUCUCACAUCACAGCAUUUGACUACAAAUCAUGGAAUCCAAUGUUUUCAAAUUCUCAAUCGGAUUCACAAUUUUGCAUGGUGGAUACUUUGAGCCUUAAUAAUCCCCCAAACUCUGACAAUGUUUCAUCCAGUAUUCUGGACAUGGUCAUCAUGUUAGACGUGUGGGUACAACUGGUCAUUGCCAUUUCUUCAUGUGUAUUUGCGAUUAUUCUAUAUCUCAUCACAUCCAUAUGUUGUCCAUGUUGUUGUAUUCAAAGGAUGAACAUGCGAAUGGAAGUUCAAAAAAGAGAGUAUGGAGAAUACAAGCGUAAAACUCUCUGUGAAAUCAUUUCCUCAGUACUUUGUUAUGGAGAUUGUUCCAUGAAUUCUUAUCAUUUAUCUGAGGAGAGAGCCAACGAAAUUAUGAAAGAGCAAUUUGAGCUUAAUUUGUGGAGAAAAAAGAGACUCAAACACGCUCAAGUCAUGAUGGAAAAAGGAUCACUUGUGGUCGAUUCCGAUAUUGCUGUUCAAAUUCAAAUGGAUCUUGAAAUGGAUCAACUUGAGGAUUUACUACGAGAUAAAAAGCAAGACAUGCGGAUGGAAGAAAAGUUGAAUGAGCUGUCUGAAGAGCAUGACUCGACCAAAGACGACGAUUCGAGUUGUGACUCACAACACGACCAAGAUGAUGAAACUGAACAAGAUGAAGAGUAUUACUCAGAAUAG